AUGAAAGGCUAAUAGAAUUACAAAAUUAUAUGUUAGAAGUUAAAUUGUAAUGAAAGUCAAUUAAAUGAUAUUGAUGAGUUUGAAAAUAACCCAUAUUUAAUUAGAAAUUAAUAACCUGAACUUGGAUUUAUUUUAUAUAAAAUCCCUUAGUCUGAAUGUGUUUCGUUGAAAGACUUAUUUGAUGCUAUUGUAUUUAAAACUUAGUUAUCUAGAAAUCAAAAUAUAUUGUUAUCUUUAAAGGAUAAGCAAUUUUAAUUAUAUAAGCUAUUUUAUAGCAUUUAUUAAAAAUGAUUGAGAAGAAAAUAGCUCAUUGUUAUUUAAAUUUGAACAAUAUUUUUAUCAAACUAAAUAAUUAAUCAAAUAAAUUCACUACUUAUUAAUCACAAAUUUCAAUUGAAAAAAUCUAUUUUAUAUAAUAUUGGUGUAUUUAAAAAACUUUAAAUGAAGAAUUAAACUAUUCUAAUGAUUUGAAAGCCAUUAAAUUAAUUAUCACGCAAUUUCUAGAAUUGUACUAAGAUUAAAGAAUUUAGAGUUUGAUACAUCAAAUAUCUUCAGUAAGAAAUUUGAUUUUAUUGAAUGAUUGUAGAUAAAUGAAUGAAAUAGUUAAUACAUUUAUUCGAGAGUAAAUAUAUAUAUUCUAAAUUUAGAUAUGUAAAUAAAGAAAAAUAAACUAUGAGGGACAAUGAAAUUGAAAAUUAUCAAAAAUUUAAUAAAUAGAGAUGUUAUUAUGAAAAGGAAUUGCUUAUUUAUUUAAAUGAGAUUUUAUAAAUAAAUAUUUAUUUCGGAGAUUAAAUAAUUGAGGAAACAGUUCAAGAAAAAUAGGAACAAAUAAAAUAUCUUAGUCAAACAUAGAAAAUCUAGUAAUAAAUCUAAAGUUAUUUUUAAACUUUAUUUUUGAAAUAUUUCUAAAACUAUUAUGGAGAUAAAUUAGAAAAUUCUUAUUUAAUAUUUGGAAAUUUUAAAAAAUUUUAUUAGGAAUUCUUAUAUAAUUUUAGAGAAAAAUUAAAUUAAAGAGCAAAUAGAGUAUUUGAUUCGAUUAAUAGAGUGAUUGAAGAAUGCUUUAAUUAAUCAAAAUAAAAUGUAGAACGCUUUAAUUAAGAUGUUUAAUUUUAAAUUAAUUAUUUCUCUAAAGAGUAAAUCAUGGAAAUAGUUUUAAAAUAUUUUAUUAAGUAUUCAUUAGAGUAUGAUUUAUCAAUUGAAGAAUAAUAUAAAAAAAUGAAUAAAAAAAUUUUAGAUGAUUUUUUCAGGAAUAUUAGUUAUUAUAUGAAGAGGAAUUAUAAAAGUAUUUAGUAAGUAGAAUAAUAAUGA